UGCUUAAGCUGUUUGUUUUGAUUAUGGAGUUUAAAUCUUUUGAUUAUAGUUCUAGCUUUCUUCUUUGAUUUACGUUCAACCUUUUACCUUAUUUAUGAUAUUAGAUUGUUUUGUUUAAUAUGCUCUGAAAUGGAAUUAGUUUUGCUUAUAAUUCUUUUUCCUGGAAUGCAUAUUCCACUGCUGUUUCCUUUUUAUUAAAACUGUUUUCUUUUUCCAUUUUUCUUUGUUUUCUCUUAUAUUAUUUUACUGUUUUAGUCGUCAUCGAUUAUGAGUGUAUGUUUUCUUUUUCUACUUGUUCUAUUAUGAGUUUGUGUUUUGCAUUGAUUUAUUGGUGCUUAAAACUGUUCACUUUCUGGCUGUGAUCAUAACAUUAUUGAGACUUUUCCCCUUCAAUAGUGCUGAUCACGUGAAAGCCUUUUAUGAUUACAGUGUCUUCCAGAAUUUGACCUUGAGCCGUAUCAUUAUUGUUUUAGAAGUAGGAAUUAAGCAACCUCUAUAAUCAAUGGAUAUUUAAGUUUUUUUACUGAUUAGCAUGCUCUUACAACAUACAUGAACUGAGUUCUCUUGUAAUUGCUAACUCUUUUUCUUUCUUUUUUUUUUUCUCUUUUUUGCCUUUGAUAGCUAUUGAAGUGCAAGGAGAAAUAGCGGAGUCGAUGAUCAUCUCUGAUGCUACUUGCCCUGGUUGAUAUAUUGUUUGCUUGGAAGUCUGUAAAUUUUAGAGAAAAGUUUUAGCUUUUGUUGGGGUAGUGUGAUUGGAAUGGGUUACAUCUGUGAUUUCUGCGGAAAUCAACCGUCAACGGUAUAUUGCCAGUCUGAUGCUGCCUGUUUAUGUUUGUCUUGCGAUCGAAACGUCCAUUCUGCUAACGCACUGUCGAAACGUCAUUCGAGAACAUUGUUAUGUGAAAGAUGCAAUUCACAACCUGCUUUUGUUAGAUGUGUUGAAGAAAGGGUAUCUCUCUGUCAGAAUUGUGAUUGGAUGGGUCACGGUACCUCUACCUUGAAUUCGACACAUAGGAGGCAAACAAUUAAUUGUUAUUCUGGUUGCCCAUCCUCCGCAGAACUUUCUUCCAUAUGGUCGUUUUUUUCGCAAUCCCCUUCCGCAGGUGAAUCUACAUGUGAGCAGGAAUUAAGGCAAAUGAGCAUCACUGAGACUUCCUGGUGCCCUACCGAAAAUACCAUUAGCCAGAAUGAUACUGGUGAUGCUGAAGUUAAUCGUGAUUACAAUGUGGAUAGGGGAAGUAGCUGGAGUGGGUCUUCAAUUCCUGAACUCAGAUCUGGACCAGGAUUACUUGAUCAGCCAGCUGGAACAACCGAUACAUCAUUAUCCGAGUUAUCUUGUCCUCAAACAAAGUGUCCUGGGGUUUGCAAAGAUGAUCUUUAUGAUGAUUUCAACAUGGAUGAAAUUGAUUUGAACCUUGAAAAAUAUGAAGAACUCUUUGGAGUAACUCUCAACCAUUCUGAAGAACUUUUUGGGAAUGGUGGGAUUGAUAGCUUAUUUGGGACGAAGGACAUGUCUGCUACUGAUUCCUACCAGGGUGCAGUGGCUGCUGAGGGCUCAUCUGUUGGACUGGUGAAUGCAAUCCAGCCAGCAUGCAGCAAUGCAGCAUCUGCUGAUUCCAUGAUGAGCAAUAAAACCAAUUCAAUUUUGUGUUUUACGGCAAGGCAAGACCAUUCGAGCUUCUCAUUUUCUGGCCUUACUGGAGAGAGUAGCGGAGGAGAUUACCAAGAUUGUGGAGCUUCAUCAAUGCUUCUCAUGGGAGAGGCCCCUUGGUGUCCUCCAUCUGAAGUUCCCUUCUCAUCGGCAACUCGAAGUGAUGCUGUCAUGCGUUACAAGGAAAAGAAGAAAACACGGAAGUUUGAAAAGCGAGUGAGAUAUGCCUCUAGAAAAGCAAGGGCUGAUGUGAGAAAGCGCGUGAAGGGACGCUUUGUCAAAGCUGGUGAUGACUAUGAUUAUGAUCCAUUGAACCCAACUCGAAGCUGCUGAGAGUACAACUUUUUUUACCAUCCUCAUAUCAAGGAAAGCCAGUUGUUGGGUGCAAAAAAAAAAAAAAACCAUGAAUAACUUGGCCGGUCAUGGUUCUCCAUAAACAUAAACAAUCAACAGAUUGUGGCAUCAUUCAGCAAGGUCCGCGUUGAUUGCCUUUGCUGCUGUAAUGCAUUCAAGUGAAUUCACCUGCUCAAAUUCUUUUGAUUUUUUCGUAUGGGAAUAAAAACGGUAGAUCUUCCAAGCCAUAUAUAUAUGCUCUCAGUGUUUUUGUUAUGUUGGACAUUCUGUGUUCUCAGCCCUCUUUUAAAGCUGCUACUGCUGUUGCUGUUGCUGUUGCUGUUGACAGGCCAUGCUAAGAAGCUCCAACUUGUAAUGCUAAGUUACAUGCUAAUAAGUGUGCAGCUCUAAUUUUGCUCCCUUUCUAAAUUGUUUUUAUUGUUUAUUCUAAUGAAUGUUUAGCCAUAGAUCUUUUAUUUGUCAAGAAACAUGCAAUUGUAUAAUUUUCUCUUCUGAUGUAUAGCAAAGGAUUUAAUCACAUGCACUUGGAUGAAA